GCGGGGCUGCAUUUCCGGGACUCCCCCGCGGCAGGGGCUUCUGGCGUUCUGAGCUCGGGAUGUUGCGUCUGGCUCGCACUCUCUGCGAGAAGAGCGUGAAGACCAGCAGGCUCUCCCGCCCUCCGUGCAGGCCCACGGCCCUCAUGUCCACUCUGCUGAUCCAGCAUCCCCAGUAUGCUUGGCUGCAAGAGCUGGGGCUCCGCGAGGAAAACGACGGCGUGUAUAAUGGAAACUGGCGCGGCGGGGGAGAGGUGAUUACGACCUAUUGUCCUGCUAACAAUGAGCCAAUAGCAAGAAUCCGACAGGCCAGCAUGGAAGACUACGAGGAAACCAUAAAGGAAGCCAAGGAAGCUUGGAAAAUGUGGGCAGAGAUUCCUGCCCCAAAGCGAGGAGAAAUAGUGAGAAAGAUUGGCGAUGCCUUGCGGAGAAAGAUCCGAGUACUGGGAAAGCUGGUGUCUUUGGAGAUGGGAAAAAUCUUAGUGGAAGGAAUAGGAGAAGUUCAAGAGUACGUGGACAUUUGCGAUUACGCUGCCGGCUUGUCGAGGAUGAUCGGGGGACCUGUCUUACCUUCUGAAAGACCUGGCCAUGCUCUCAUCGAGCAGUGGAACCCAUUAGGCCUGGUGGGAAUCAUCACUGCCUUCAAUUUCCCGGUGGCUGUGUUUGGUUGGAACAAUGCCAUAUCACUGAUCACAGGGAACGUCUGCAUUUGGAAAGGAGCGCCAACAACUUCUCUCGUUAGUAUAGCGGUCACAAAGAUCGUCGCCAAGGUUUUGGAGGACAAUCAGCUGCCUGGUGCCAUUUGUUCCCUGACUUGUGGUGGAGCAGAUAUUGGCACAGCAAUGGCCAAGGACACACGUGUGAACCUGCUGUCCUUCACGGGGAGCACUCAGGUGGGGAAGCAGGUGGCCCUAAUGGUGCAGGAGAGGUUUGGGAAAAGCUUGUUAGAGCUUGGAGGAAACAACGCCAUUAUUGCUUUCGAGGACGCGGACCUCAGCUUGGUUCUUCCGUCCGCUCUGUUUGCCGCCGUGGGAACAGCUGGCCAAAGGUGUACCAGUGUGAGGCGACUGUUUUUGCACGAAAGCAUCCAUGAGGAAGUUGUACAAAGACUGAAAGGUGCCUACUCACAGAUCCGUGUUGGGAACCCCUGGGACCCGAAUAUUCUCUAUGGACCCCUCCAUACCAAACAGGCAGUGACCAUGUUUGUUAGAGCCGUGGAAGAAGCAAAGAAAGAAGGAGGCACAGUGGUCUAUGGGGGCAAGGUCAUGGAUCAUCCUGGCAAUUACGUGGAACCCACCAUUGUGACCGGCCUUGCCCAUGACGCACCGAUCGUACACACGGAGACUUUUGCCCCAAUUCUCUAUAUCUUCAAGUUCAAGAAUGAACAAGAGGUUUUCGCUUGGAAUAACGAAGUGAAGCAGGGACUUUCGAGUAGUAUUUUUACCAAGGAUUUGGGCAGAAUCUUCCGCUGGCUUGGACCCAAAGGUUCCGACUGUGGCAUUGUGAACGUCAAUAUUCCUACCAGCGGGGCUGAGAUUGGCGGUGCCUUUGGUGGAGAGAAGCACACUGGCGGAGGCAGAGAGUCUGGCAGUGAUGCCUGGAAGCAGUACAUGCGGAGGUCUACAUGUACCAUCAACUACAGCAGGGACCUUCCUCUGGCUCAAGGCAUCAAGUUUGAGUGAUGAUGCUUCAGUUUGGCAUAACUUAGCCAUUCCCGCGGCUGCUCUGAAGAAGCCCAAGAAAACGUUGAUUUGCCCUGAUCGUUCUGAGUACAACAGUGACUAAUCUCCAGUGAGCCCCAAACCUGACUAAAUCAAGAUACUCAUUUUAUAUAAAUUCAAAUUAAAUAUUUUCAACCUAGUUACAUUUAGCAAAAUA